UGCCUUCCGACGGUCCGCAGUGAAGCUGACGACGAGCUGCACGGCUGGUAUUCGGGGCUUGUUGCGGCGUUUUACCCCAGACUCUCGUCAACGCUAACGUGUGCGAGGUGGGUCCGGCCAAAACGGAAAGAAGCGUCGGUCGCAGCGGCCAAGCCCAUCCCACUCAGCCGCCAUCCGAAGUCGCCCCGCGUGAUUACGCAGCAAACCAAUCAGCCCACCACAACCGCCAGUGACCGUCUUUCUCCGAGGGCUGCUUAGAAAAGUUCUCGACGCGAUCCGCUCCUUAGCCCACCCAUAAACACACUCUUCCCUCUCCUGAAGUGCUUCACCACGCCUCCCACAGCCAGGGAUUUGCCCCUCUGCUUCCAAAGCCGCAGCUCUCCCACCAUGGCCCCGCGCACGCUUCUUCUCGCUCCCCCGUCCAUAUCCGCGCAUCCUGAGGUGCUGGACAAAGUCUACGAGAUCCACGACCGCUCCUCGGCCGACCUCCAGAUGCUGGACCGCAUUGCGGCCGGUCUGGUUCAAUUGCCACUCUCCACAUACGAUGUCGUGCUUCUCCUCACCGACGCCGACGGCACAACGCGUGAAAGUCACAAAUUGCUAGGGCGAGAGGUAAUGACCAAAGUCGUUAGGGCACUGAAGGCUGGCGGGCUGCUCAAGAGUCAGGAUGGUGUCUUUGGUUCAGCGCAAGGCACAGAAAAGACAGAGGCUAUUCUCGCGGGGCUCGUCGAGGGCGGUGACGGCAUGAUGAAGCCAGCGGAAGUGGGAAGCGUGUCCAUACCGCUAAAGCUUGGAAAGAAGAAGACGAACGGCGUUACAAAUGGAGUCAACGGCACAGCAAACGGCAGCGACACCGUUCCCCUCCGUGUCAACGGCAAGCGCAAAGAACCAGAGCCCGCAAAGCCCGUCGGCGUCGGUUUCGUAGACUUCAGCGACGACCUCGACGACCCUAUCAUUACCGGCGAGGAUGACGAGCUCAUCGAUGAAGACGAUUUGAUCACAGAAGAGGAUAUGGCGCGCCCAAUCAUCCAGCCGCCCGAAUGCCGCCCUAAAGCCGGAAAGCGACGCCGCGCCUGCAAAGACUGCACUUGCGGUCUCAAAGAGAAAAUCGAAGCCGAAGACGCUGCGAAGCGCGCCAGCGCCGACAAAGCCUUGAAUACAAUGAAGCUCGGGGCAGAUGACUUGACCGAAGUUGACUUCACAGUGCAAGGCAAGGUUGGCAGUUGUGGGAACUGCGCCUUGGGCGAUGCGUUCAGGUGCGAUGGGUGUCCCUAUAUUGGCCUACCGGCAUUCAAACCCGGCGAGGAAGUGCGGUUGCUGAACAACGAUAUCCAGUUGUAGACAUGACGUUAGAAUGAUGAGGGCUUAUAGGUGUAGACUCUCGGUGAUCCUGCCCACCCGGUGGUAGGCUAUUGAGAACGGGCGAAUGGGAUCAUCAGGAAGCUUUGCAUAUCGGUCGGCGCAUUAGAAGGGGUGCACAUAUCAACCUCGAUUGAGACUCGGUAAUGCAAAGCUAAAUAAAGAAGGCUCUUUGCUCCGCGCGAAAUGCGAAUGUAGUAACUAAUCAACAUAAAAGUGGCAUCAGGAUAUCAAACGCCUUA